AUGGGGGGACCUACUGCUACAGCUCCUGCUACAGCUACUACAACAACAGAGCCAGCGGUCUCUAAAGACCCUAUAAUUGGAGAAACAGUAGAAGAGGAAUUAUCACCAUCCCGCGCCCUCCUAUUGUCCUUACAUUUCGCAUCACAAUGCGAUAUCACAGGAUUAAGAAGGUUGAUUAUCACAUACCCGGCGGUGUUUAGACGGGAUGUUGUGUUAGAAGUUAUCCUACGGUUUGUGCCGGAGAGUACUGCUGUAGGUGUAUACGCCGGGUUGGCGAAGGAGGUUAUUAGAGAAGGAGUGGUAUUACCUGAUGGUGAGGAAGAAGGAGGGAGGGCGAAAGUUGAUGGAGGGUUUGUGAAGGAUGUUAAUGAGGUUUCUGCGAAGAAGACUUUGGAAGGGGUUGGGUUUCCUGGUGGUGGGUUUGGAGGUGGAGAUGGGGUUUUGAUGGAGUUUGUGAGGGAGAGGGCGAGGGUUGUUGAUAAGGAGACUGGGGAUUUGAGGCUUGUGAGGGAGUUGGUGGAGGUUUUUGGUGACGAUGAUGGGACGGUGGGGGAAUGGGGGUUUGGGGUAUUGGGAGUUGUUGAACGGCUUAUUUUUAUUGCUGCAGAGAGGGAAGAGGGUCAAUCGGGAGGAGGAGGAGGGGUGAUUGGGAUCGAAGAGUUUGAAAGGUUGGAGGGGAGGGAAGGUGUCAAUCUUAUUCUUGACCGGAUGGUUAGGGACGGGGAUGUUUCGGAUGGGAUGGGGCUUCUCGCUGGUUAUCUUCAUUAUAAGAAAGGAGGGAAGAGGUUCUGGGGGUAUGUUUACGAAUGGAUGACGAGACAGGAGUUUGGCGUUCUGUGGAGGGUUGUUAAGGAGUGGAAUGGCCCUGUUGAGGACGGUGAAGGGUAUUUUAAGAUGUUGAUGGCGAGAUGUUAUUCCUCUGGUGGACCGUCAGGUGGAGGGGAUAUUGUAGGGUGGAUGUUGGAUGUGGUUUAUAAAAUCGCGGGGAUGGUGGGCGCUGGGUUGGAUCAUGUUGGGGUAGAAGAAGUUGAAAGAUUUGUGGAAAGAUAUUUGAAUUCUACGGGUGCUGGUGGUGGACACGAAUGGGAUAUGGGAGAACUAGUGGUUCCUUCCGCCGCUAGUUUGAAGUUAUUGGAGCAGUUGAUCGUUUCGGUUCGAAUGUUUGGAGUUUUCCCGUUGGGGUUGACUGUUAAAGAAGUUAUGAGGAUGAGGUUUUGGGGGUCGAAGGGGGAUCAAUUGGGAUUAUUGAAGAGGGGGUUGAGUGUUAAUAGUGGAGGAAAAGGGAGGAACGACAAUUGGUAUAACGAGGUCAGAGGUAUUUGCGAAUAUUUAAGAGCUACCAGUAGAGUAUUUGGGAGACUUGAGGCUGGAGAUGUGGAGCUGGAGGUUUUGAGGGAUAUGUUGGCCGCAGGGAAAUUCGCAGCGGUCACGGCAACCUAUGUGACGCCAAAAGGGAAAGCAUUAUUACCAUCUUUCGUCGUGGAGAAGGCCGUUAUUCAUGCCGUUGGCGAUUUUUACGAUAACGCUACGAAUGGAAAUCGAAUGAGGGGGGGUAUGAAGAAUGCCUCUAAUGCACUUGCGAUAUUAUUUCCUUCACACUCAAAUUCAGUACCAUUACGACGACUAUCGAAGCUGAUAGAAGCCACGCAUGCCUUAUCCGAAUACUCGUUAACGCUUACACCGGGUGUACCGCUAAAACCAGUACAAAUACGACUAUUCCCCGAACCCGUGGAGUUAAUAUCAAGGGUACUGCAAUCGAAUCCGAAGGCGUAUUUACAACUUAACUCGCUUGUAAAAAUCGCACAGGAUUUAGUAUAUGGGGUUUCAAAACCUCACCAUGACGAAGAAAUGGAAGAAAGAAAAGGUGGAGAAAUGACAAAGGAAGAGGUUUCGGCUAUCAAAAGACGGGUUGUGGGGAUGUGUGUGGAGGCUGCACUUGCUGAAGAUGAUUUUGAAACGGCGUUUAGUUACGUGGUUAAUAAACUUGUGCCUGGGUAUCAGAAUCUUAGGGCGUCUACCACACUAUCAUCAUCAACAACGGCGUCGGCUUUUACGGGGAAUAAUUCGGAUACAGCAUGGCAGGCGGCUUUACAGGCGGGGAGGUAUAGAAGUCCUACGAUGCUAGUAGAGAGUAUGGAAGGUGUUGCUACGGCUAAGGGGAUAGAACAAGUUAUGAAACGAAUGGAAGUAUUAUCACAGGCGUUGGUUAUAUGUCCUGGGGAGGCGGUGAUGGAUGUAUUAAGGACCUGGAAGAACUGUGAAGAUGAAUUGGAAAGGUUACUGGAAUUGGAGAUUCAAGAGGAAAGACAACAUGCUGGGAAACUUGGGGAGUGGGUGGGUAGUACGAUUGAUAUGUCGAAACGGGCGGCCACAGGUGGGGGAUUAUUGAAGGCACCGAUGAGUCUAUUGGGGGCUGCUAGUUCCGCAGGUGGAAGGAUGGUUAAGGGACUAGGUAGCACGGCGUUCCCGCUUAGGAGUGUGAGUCGGCAGAGUGAGGAAGGGGGAAGUCAGAGGGGUAGUGGGGAGUUUGACAGAGGGGGUGGGUGGACCAUUGGAGAGGAUGGGGAGAGGGUUAGGAAACGGGAUGUUAUCAGUGGGAUGGUUACCAGUGGGCUUGCUAGUGGGCUUGGGUGGAUGUUGGGAGCUAAAGCUGAGGAUAUGAAUCAGCAGAGAUGA